AUGGACGAGCUAUUCGAUGUCUUUGAUGACACUCCAGUGGCUCCAUCACAACUGACACGGAAAGACAAAAAGCGGUUGAAGAGACAAGCCAACGGAGAAGUGAAAGAGACCACUGUCAAUGGCAAUGAUACUGGACCCUCCAGCAAAGAAGCCUCUCCACCCUCGGAAGAGUCUAAUACAGAUAACUCCCCAGAUCAAGAGGUGCCAGAUCCCAAACGCAUGCGCAUUGCUGAUGAACCAGAACCAGUUGUCACGGAUACCUUCGAGACCGAGCAAUCGCGAGAACUCGCCCCAUCUGCUGGGUUGCUAGCAUCUAAAGACGAAGGGAAGGUUAUUCUGUCCCACCAGGUUCGCCAUCAAGUCGCUCUUCCCCCCGACUACGAUUAUAUCCCCAUAUCAGAACACAAAGCCCCCAGUGAACCUGCGAGGACUUGGAGUUUUCAAUUGGAUCCCUUCCAACAAGUCGCCAUUGCUUCCAUCGAACGAAAUGAAAGUGUCUUGGUGUCGGCGCAUACCAGUGCUGGAAAGACGGUGGUCGCAGAAUAUGCCAUUGCACAGUGUCUGAAAAACAACCAACGAGUCAUCUACACAAGUCCUAUUAAAGCGCUGAGUAACCAGAAAUAUCGUGAAUUCCAGGCCGAAUUCGGCGAUGUAGGUUUGAUGACAGGAGACGUCACUAUCAACCCCACAGCCACCUGUCUUGUCAUGACCACUGAAAUUCUCCGGUCUAUGCUUUACCGUGGCUCGGAAAUCAUGCGAGAAGUGGGUUGGGUUGUUUUCGACGAGAUUCACUACUUGAGAGAUAAGACUCGAGGUGUUGUAUGGGAGGAGACCAUCAUACUUUUGCCUGACAAAGUCCACUACGUCUUUCUGUCCGCCACUAUUCCCAACGCCAUGCAAUUCGCAGAAUGGAUCACCAAAACACACAAUCAACCAUGCCAUGUUGUCUACACAGACUUCAGACCAACCCCUUUACAACAAUAUUUCUUUCCUUCUGGAGCCGAUGGUAUACAUCUGAUCGUGGACGAAAAGGGGGUGUUCAGAGAAGACAACUUCCAGAAAGCCAUGAGCACCAUGGCCGAGAAACAAGGUGAAGAUCCUGCCAACGCCAUGGCCCGUAGGAAGGGCAAGGGCAAGGAUAAGCGAAUAAAUAAAGGUGGCACCAAAGGUCCCUCCGAUAUUUACAAGAUUAUCCGUAUGAUCAUGACCAAGAAUUACAACCCUGUCAUUGUCUUCAGUUUUAGCAAAAGAGAGUGUGAGGCCUAUGCAAUUCAAAUGAGCUCGAUGACAUUCAAUGAUGAAUCGGAGAAAGCCAUGGUGGCCAAAGUGUUCGACAGCGCAUUGGAAAUGCUGUCUCCCGAGGACAAGACCCUCCCUCAGAUUCAACAUCUGUUACCUCUAUUGAAGAGAGGUAUCGGUAUCCAUCACUCCGGAUUGCUCCCAAUUUUGAAGGAGACCAUUGAGAUCUUGUUCCAGGAAGGUCUGAUCAAAGUUCUUUUUGCUACCGAAACCUUUUCUAUAGGGUUGAACAUGCCGGCAAAGACUGUUGUCUUUACUAGUGUUCGCAAAUUUGAUGGCAUUUCUCAGCGAUGGGUGACUCCUUCGGAAUUCAUCCAGAUGUCUGGACGUGCUGGACGUCGUGGAUUGGAUGAAAGAGGAAUUGUCAUAAUGAUGAUUGAUCAACAGAUGGAACCUGGUAUUGCCAAAGAGAUCGUGCGUGGAGAACAGGAUAAACUCAACUCAGCAUUCUACCUCGGAUACAAUAUGAUUCUCAACCUUCUUCGAGUUGAGGGUAUUUCUCCUGAGUUUAUGCUUGAACGAUGCUUUCACCAGUUCCAGAAUACCGCAAGUGUAUCGGGACUGGAGCGAGAGUUGCAGCAACUGGAAACUGAAAAGUCGACUAUGGUUAUUGAAGAUGAAACCGCCAUCAAGGCUUAUUAUGAGUUGCGGAAACAGCUUGACAUCUAUGCCGAGGAUAUGAGAAACGUGAUCAUCCAUCCUAAUUAUUCUCUGCCAUUCAUGCAACCCGGUCGUUUGAUUGAGGUCAAAGAUGGUGAACACAAUUUUGGUUGGGGUGCAGUCAUUGACUUCGCUCGAGUCGAUCCGAGCAAUUCUUCUGAGAAACUGGCACCACAAGAAGAAUGGGUUCUCAAAACUGCCUUGGAGGUGGCUGAUGGGCCUACGCCUGGCACCAAAACCUUUCAAUCACUCCCAGCCGGCAUCCGACCUCCACAACCUGGUGAGAAGUCGAAGAUCCAGAUUGUUCCCGUCUUGUUAAAAUGCGUCCAGAAAAUCUCGCACAUUCGAAUUUUUCCGCCUGCAGACAUUAGGACUGCAGAGUCGAGAAAGAAGAUUUCACAAGCUCUGACUGAAGUGCAGAGACGCUUCCCGGACGGUCUUGCAGUUCUCGAUCCCAUUGAAAAUCUCAAGAUCACCGAUAAUUCUUUCAAGGAGCUUCUCCGCAAGAUUGAGAUCAUGGAAUCUCGCCUGGUUGCCAAUCCAUUGCAUAAUUCGCCACGACUGGAAGGGCUUUACAAUCAGUUCGCCGAGAAGGUGACGCUGACGAACAAGAUCAAAGCACUAAAGAAAGAGAUCCAGGAUGCACAUGCGAUUACGCAAUUGGAAGAGUUAAAGUGUCGAAAACGAGUGCUUCGGAGACUUCAAUUUAUCAAUGAGGAUGAGGUUGUGCAAUUGAAAGCCCGUGUGGCCUGCGCCAUCAGCACGGGUGACGAGCUGAUGCUCAGUGAAUUGUUGUUUAACCGAUUUUUCAACGAUCUGACACCUGAGCAAUGUGCUGCGGUCAUGAGCUGCUUUGUCUUCGAAGAGCAGAUCAAAGAACAGCCGGUUCUAUCUGAAGAUCUGAACAUAUUGCUUGGUGAAAUCAAACGACAAGCAAGAAUCAUUGCCAAAGUAUCGGUCGAGUCCAAAUUGGCCUUGAAUGAGGACGAGUAUGUCCAGAGUUUCAAAUGGCAGUUGAUGCCAGUCAUACUUGCAUGGGCGAAUGGAAAGUCCUUUGGAGAGAUCUGCAAAAUGACCGAUGUCUACGAGGGCAGCUUGAUUCGGACUUUUCGACGUCUUGAAGAGGGCCUACGCCAAAUGGCCGAAGCUUCGAAGGUGAUGGGUAGUGAGGAGUUGGAAAAGAAGUUUGAGGAAGCACUAACGAAGAGCAUCGGCGAACAAGUACGACUGGAUUUCAGCUGGCUGUUGCGCGAUCACCAAGUCGCUGUCGAGAAAAUCAAGACGGCCACGGAUUGA